CACGGAUCAAGGCCCAUUUUUAGAGAGAUUUUCCUCUUUGUGGCCAGGUGGCUAUUUCUGGGAAAGUGCGUGGGUUCGAACCCCCGGUGCUUUUGUUAUUAAAUGAUGAUUAACAUCGUGUGAACAAUCUCUUAGUGGGAAACACCCACUGUGAGGAAAAAACGUUGCCUUCCUUCUGACAACAAAAGCCCAACUUUUACUUCAGAACUUUUUUUUUUGGUUCCAGGUGUCGUUUUGUAUCAUUGAAACAGUCACUAACACAGUGGUGGUCGUAUAAAAUGUCCAAGAAGUGGAAACCAGUCGCUGUGAAUCCGGAUGAAGCUGAUGAUUUUGAGCUUGAGCCAGAUACGAUAGAACCGGAUGUUGAGACUCCUGUACAGCCACAACAGAAGGCAUCAUCCACACAGGCUCAGCAACAGUCCCAGGGGCAAGGUGGAAGCUCCUCUUUCUUCAACUUUAGUAAUUUUGUCAGUCCAAAUAUUGACCUUUCUCAAUCGUUCAAUCCCUUGUUAAAGAAUGAACAGGUUAGAGAGCACGCAUUUACCGGAGGUGACACAUUGGACGAACCUGUUUGGAAAACGUUGGAGAGGGACUUCAAGGCCAUUGGACAAAGACUCCUCAGUGUCAUGUGGCCUGCUUCUCUCUCUAAAUUGGCAAAGAUUCAGCAGCACAAUUUACUCAUAGCUGCCCGUAAUUCCGGUAUAAACGUUGGUAUCAACUUUGAUCAACUGGGUCAAGAUUUAGAGCAGGACAUUGCCAACACUCCAUUGGACGAUUCAGAUUUGAAGAAGCUGGCAUGGGAUCUAUGGGGUCCAUUACUUUUCACUUUGGUAUUCGCUGUUAUACUUGGGCUGAUGUCUCCUGAGGCCAACUCCUCAGAGGUGUUUUCAGGAGUUUUUGCAAUUGUUUGGUCAACUUUAGCCGUGAUUGCAGUCAAUAUUCAGCUUCUUGGGGGUACAAUUUCGUUCUUUAACGCUCUUUCGACCACUGGUUAUGCGAUGUUCCCACUGCUUCUCCUGGCCAUCACUUCGAUCUUCAUCAAGUGGAGUUUUAUCAGAUUUAUCCUGUACGUUAUACUUGUUGCUUGGAGUGUAUACGCUGCCACAGUUAACCUGAAAGUCCAUGGUGUUCUCCCAGGAAGGGUAUUCCUUGCGAUAUAUCCUGUUGGCUUGGUGUAUGCCACACUGGGUUGGCUGUGUGUGAUUACCUGAAUUCAAUCCCACGACAGAAGGUGUUUCAGGAAUAUGUACAUAUAUAGCAAUAGAUUCAGGUGCAAAAUUAUUUGAAGCUCACAGUAAUGUGGUGUCAGUAGAAAACAUACGUGAUUGAGUGAGCCGAAGUCUCCAACAAUCCAGUAGGGUGGUUAUAGGAAGCAACAUUGCAACAAGCAACAGAGAAUUGUGGAGAAAGCACAUGUCGUGA